AUGCGCGUGAAAACGCCAUGGAUUGAGGCCCUCAAUAAGAGCCGGGAGCAAUCGCAGCCGGGUCAGGAGGAAGCUCCUCGCGCGAAGCCGGAUCUGACGCCGAAAAAGAUGUCGGAAAGUUAUUAUAGCGCUGUUCUGCCCCUGGCUCAGGAUAAAUGGCUCCUAGAUACAUAUCUGAAUGCUUCGGGGCAUAUUAGACUGGGUUCAUUGCUGAUGGACCUUGAUGCGCUUGCUGGUGUUAUUGCCUACAGACACACCGGUGAUUCUGUGACGACUGUGACCGCGGCCGUGGACAGAAUUACCAUUGAGCAUCCGUUGAUGGAGAUCUGUGACCUCGAGUUGAGCGGCCAGGUUACGUACGCCACUGGAAGAUCGAGUAUGGAGGUUUCGCUUCAGGUUGCGAAGGUCCCGGCGCCUGGGGAAAAGACAAAUCCGGAAGAUGUUCUCAUUACGUGCGCAUUUACUAUGGUCUCGCUUGACCCUGCGACCAAAUCACCGGUCAAUGUUGCGCCUCUGUUGAUAGAAACCGACGAAGAGCGCGAACUGUUCAAGAAAGGAGAGAAGAACUAUCAGGCCAAGAAGGCAUUAAGGAAAAGGAGUCUGCUCGAGAAAGCCCCCGAUGAUGAGGAGAGUAACCUCAUCCACUCCUUAUGGACAAAAGAGAUGUCAUACUUGAAAUUCCCUGAGAAACGCCCCGCCAACACGAUCGACAUGAGUGACGCCGUCCUCAAAUCUGCUAUGAUCAUGCAGCCUCAAGACCGCAACCGCCACAACUUCAUGAUCUUUGGUGGCUUCCUCCUCAAGCAAACCUUCGAGCUCGCCUUCUGCUGCGCGGCAUCAUUCUCUCAUGCCCGUCCCAACUUCAUCUCCCUAGAUCCCAGUACCUUUGAAAAUCCCGUUCCCGUGGGGAGCGUGCUCUACCUCCGCGCCACCGUUGCAUAUACCGAGCCUCUUGAGCGCGAAUCAGGGAGCAAGAGCAAGUACACCAAGAUUCAGGUGCGAGUGGACACUAAAGUGCGAGACGUGGAGCACGGAACAAAGAAGUCAACUGGUAUGUUCAACUACACAUUCUUGGUUGAAGGGGAUUUGCAUGUUAUGCCGAAGAGCUACGGCGAGUAUAUGGUUUGGACGGAUGCUAGACGGCGCGCGAGGAACACGGAUGAGGUAACGCCGAUCAAGGAACGAAGCGCAUUGAGAGGCUUGGAUAGUGUAACUGAGUAG